UUGAUAUGCUCCUUGGCCAGGAUUGCGCAGCACUUAGCAGUUUGACUUAACUGCCAGUUUGCACCUCCCAGUCCCGCCCACAAUCCACAUAAACAUGACAUGCUGACUUCCCUUCUCCUUCUCGUUAAUAUUUGAUUAGAGAAAUGGCGCUAGCACUUACUCUUUUCUCUAUUCGUCCUUCUUCUUCUUCUUCUUCUUCAAACCCUUCUCACUUCCUUCAACCCUCACUCCGUUCACCCUCAACCUUAUCUCCUUUUCUUCAUUCUCAACCCUCCUUCUCCCCCCUUAUCAUAUCACAACCACAAAUCAAUGACUCUUCCCUUUUCCGAUUUCAACCCUCCAUCCACACUUUCUUCCACUGCUGCUGCACUACCUACACCGCCAAUACCGACGUCCAAUUCGGAACACUCGUCUCUUUGUUUGAAGAAAUCGGUAUUAGCUUUGAAGAAACCAAAUUGCUCUUGCUCAAUGCACCGGAACUCACAUCAAUACCAGUGGAUUCAUUGCGUGCUCGCGUUCAUUCUUUGCAUUCUCUCGGGUUAGAUCGUGUUUCAAUUUAUUACUUAGUUAUUAAACGCUUCACUGUUUUAACGGAUAAUGAAAUUGAACACUUGUUAAGCUUUUUGAGAAAUGAAUUACAAGGACAACUUGAACAAGCUAAGCUUAAGCGUCUUUUAUCGGAUAAUGAACCUAAAUUCUUGGCUGGUUUUCCUCAAAAGGUUCAAUUGCUUGUUGAACGUGGGAUUCCUGUUGAUAAAAUUGUGCGUGUGCUUAACAAAGUGAAUUUGUCAAAGGCACUUUGUCAUAGGUCAAUGGAUGAAAUUGAUAGAAUUAUAGGUUUUUUAGAACCCUUUGGUGGUAUUGCUUUGAUUGUGAAAUACCCUCCAAUUCUCAAUUAUGAUUUGGAUUAUCAGUUAAUUCCGAGAAUUAGAGUCCUUACUGAGCUUAGUGGAGGAGAUGAGUGUGGUACUGGGAAAGUGCUGAAUAGGUUUCCCAUUAUUUUGAAUUAUAGUGUGGAACACAUCGAGGAACAUAUACAGUUCUUGAGGUCUUUUGCAGACUUUGAUGAUCAACAAAUAUUUAGGAUAGUAUCGGUGUUUCCAGCAAUUUUUACUAGUAGCAGAGAGAGGAAACUGCGCCCUAGGAUACACUUUCUCAAGGAAUGCGGGUUAGACUCGGGUGAUAUCUUCAAGUUCUUGAUCAAAGCACCCGUGUUUUUGAGCAUUUCGUUCGACAAGAACCUUGCGUAUAAGCUUGUCUUUUUGCUCAAGAUUGGGUAUAAAUAUAGGACGAAAGAGUUGACAGUGGCAAUCGCGUCUUCUACUAGAAUAAGUUGUGAGAAUAUGCAGAAGGUGAUGAAUCUUUUCUUGAAUUAUGGGUUUUCAUCUGAAGACAUUUUUGCUAUGAGCAAGAAGCAUCCACAGAUACUGCAGUAUAAUCAUGCCUCUCUAGAGAAGAAGAUGAAGUACUUGAUAGAGGAUAUGAAUCGUGACAUUCAGGAGUUGCUGGAUUUUCCUGCAUUUCUUGGAUACAAGUUUGAUGACAGAAUUAAGCAUAGGUAUGAAAUAAAGAAGGGUUUAAGGGGUGGACAAAUGUCUCUCAAUAAGCUUUUAACUGUUUCUAGUGAGGUGUUUACUGGCAAACCAAAGAAAGCUUCUUCUGUAAAAUCUGAAUUGAAAUAAAGGUGAUCAUAUUAAUCUUAUUCUCAUUUCGUUGUGCAUGA